AUGGGAGGAUCAGGAGGCUACCACCCUGUCAAGAUUGACCCGGGAGUGGAGGCGUUUGCCUACAUGAGGGAGAAUGUGUGGCAGCACUUCCGCUUCACGAACCGAACGACCCGCCUCGCCGUCAUCUGGGGUGUCGUUUUCCCGUCGCUCGUCUUCGCCGUCUCCUACCAACAAGACCUCAAGUGGGAUCUCCUCGGCGCACGACGGGACGACCCUAUCGCACGAUUUGGCAAGUAUUCGCAGAAGCCGAGCGAGCGGGCGGCAGCAGCGGCGCCGGCGGACGAGGAGUAA